UUUUGAAAUAAUGAAGAAUAAUGAAGAAAAGGAAUUACAGUUUGCGGGAUGAAAUUUUGGAAAUGACUAAAAGAUUGGAAAUUGCUGAUAAAGAAAAGGCGCAGGCUGGAGAAUUGGGAUUACAUUUAUUAAAGGAAAAAGAACAGUUGGAAUUGACACACGAGGCUCUUUUAAAAGAAUUCGAAGUAAUUCGUUCAGAACUUGAAAAAACACAACAAAAAUUAACUUUGUUUCGUUCUUCACAAUGUAAUGCUGAGGCUAAUGAAUUAAAUCAGGAAAUGGACGAAGAUUCGGCAGCUUUAGAGGCUCGGUUUGCUGAUAAAGUGAAAACUUUGGAAUUGGCUAAAAAACAUUUACAAGAACAAUUAAUUGUUUACAAAUCUGAUUCUGAGAGACUUCAACAGGAAUUAAUUUUAAUUCAGACAAGAGUAGAAGAAUUGGAAAUUGAAAGAAAAACAUUAAAAGAAGAGUUGAAAGAAUUACGUACUCGAGAACAGCAAUUAAUUGGGGAAAAUUAUGAAUUGGAAGAAGAAAAUGUUGCUUUACUUAAACAAGUUUCAAAUCUGAGAUCUGCACAAAUUGAAUUUGAAUCAAUGAAAUUACAAAUAAAAGGAAUGUUGGAUGAAAUGAUUAUUUUACAAACAUCUGCUGAAGAAGCUGAAAAACUUCGUUCAUUGGCUGAACAUCAAGUGGCUGAUGCAUUGGCAACUGCUCAACAUGAAAGAGAACAUAGAUUGGCUUUAAAAAAGGAAUUUGAACAGCUUCGAAAUCAAGAACAUUUAGCUUCAUUAAAUAGUUUAUAUUUGGGUAUUAAAGGUGCUCAUGAAGUUCACGACAGAGAUACAAUGAAACAGUUAGAAAGUUCUUUUAUUGCUGAAGAAUCUUUAAAUUGUUUAAAAGGAAAUGGUAAAAGAAAUUUUCUUUCAAUUAAAUAUUUUUAUUAA